AUGCUGGAAGACAUUAGGAGACAGUGUAUGGUGCGUAACGAGAAGAAGUAUGUGAUUGCGGGUCGGUUGAAGACUAGAUUCACAAAAAGAGCUCACGCUGAGAUAGAGAAGAUGAUUGAUGGGUCAAUGUUUUGUGAAAGGUGGAUGGCAAGGCACAAUAAGCAUGAGAUUAAGUUUGGUGAUGUCACGGUAAGUGUUGAUAUGAAUGACAACACUUGUGGUUGCAGGAAAUGGCAGAUGAUUGGUAUACCAUGUAUUCAUGAUGCAUCCGUCAUCAUAGGAAAGAAGGAAAAGGUGGAAGAUUAUGUGGCUGAGUGGUACACGGCUAGAAUGUGGCAGUUGACUUACAUUGAUGGUAUUGGGCCUGUUCAAGGCAAGCUGCUAUGGCCAAGAGUGAACAGGAUAGGAGUGUUGCCACCUCCAUGGAGAAGAGAUGUGAAUUUUUAUCCGAAGACAGAAUCAUGGGUGAAUAAAAGUGAUUGCUGUUCUUGGGAUGGUAUCACCUGUGCUGCUAAGUCGGGCAACGUGAUCGGGAUAGACCUUAGUUCCAGCAACCUCCAUGGCCCGCUUAAAUCCAAGAGCAUUCUAUUUAGAAUGCGUCAUCUCCGUGAUUUGAACCUUGCUUACAACAACUUCACCGGUUCGCCAAUCCCAGCUGAAUUUGACAAACUCAUGGAGCUAAAAAGACUUAGUCUCUCCCAGUCUUCACUAUCAGGCCAAAUUCCAAUCAACCUUCUUCAGCUAACCAAGUUGGUGUCUCUCGAUCUUUCAUUUUCUUCUUUAUCCAUUGAUGGAACCUUUCUUUAUCUACUUGCUCAAAAUUUGAGGAAUCUUAGAGAACUGGAUAUGAGCGAUGUAAACAUUUCUUCAGAAAUUCCCGAUGAGUUUUCAAACAUGCGAUCUCUAAGAUCUCUACAUCUUUCUUACUGCAACCUGUCUGGAGAAUUUCCAAGUAGUGUUCUUCUGAUACCGAGCUUAGAGUCCAUUAGAUUAAGGUCCAAUCCAAAUCUGAGAGGCAAUUUGCCCGUUUUUCGUGAAAAUAACUCUUUUCUAGAGUUGUCCAUUUACGACACAGCCUUUUCAGGUCCCAUACCCGACUCCAUUAGCAGCCUCAGACAUUUGACUUCUUUGACCCUUUUUGUCUCUAAGUUCUCAGGAAAGAUUCCGAUUUCACUUGGGAACCUUUCUCAUCUCGCUAUUCUCGAUCUUGGUGGAAAUAAUUUUGUUGGUGAAAUCCCAUCUUCAAUUGGCAAUCUAAAACAAUUGACUGUUUUUGAUGUUAGCUCUAACAAGCUCAAUGGAAAUUUGCCAGUUUCGAUACUCAAUUUUACCCAACUACGUAAACUCGGGCUCUCUUCAAAUCAGUUCACAGGUUUCCUUCCACCAAACAUCAGCCAAUUCUCCAAAUUAGAGUCUUUUCAAGGUGGAGAUGAUUCUUUUACGGGAGACAUUCUUUCAUCCCUACUCAAGAUUUCCUCAUUGACCGACAUCUAUUUGAUUUAUAACAAAUUCAGCGAUUUUACUGGGAGUGGGAAUAUCUCUUUAUUCUUGCCUAAUUUACGAUAUUUUUCUAUUGAAAGUACAAAUUACAACAAAGUCAUCGGUCCAGGAGUUGACUUAAAUGUCUUCUCGCCUCUUAAGAAGCUUUACUGGUUAUUAUUCUUAGGCAUUCCUCUUUCAACAACAAACAUCACUUCUGAUUCGGAUUUUCUACCAAAUUUGGCAUAUUUGUUCUUGCCAGGCUGCAACAUCACUGAGUUCCCUGAGUUUAUAAGAAACGGAAGAAAGUUACGAAGGCUAGACCUUUCCAACAACAUAAUCAAAGGUCAAGUACCAGACUGGUUGUGGAGACUGCCAAAGUUGUUCGAGGUGAAUCUCUCUAACAACUCUCUUAGUGGUUUCAAUGGAUCCUCAAAAGUUUCUCCUGAGAGUCAAAUCAGUACUGUUGAUCUAAGCUCAAAUGCUUUGCAAGGACCACUCUUCAUCCCAUCCUCCAAGCAUCUCCAAUAUUUUUUGGGUUCUAAGAAUAACUUCACCGAGGAGAUACCUCGAUCAAUAUGUGGACUAAGCUAUCUACAGAUUUUAGAUCUAUCAGACAACAAGCUCAAUGGCUCAAUUCCUUGGUGUUUAGAGACUAUCAUGAGUUCUCUUUCAGAUCUAAAUCUCCGUAACAACAAACUCAGCGGCAUUCUUCCCGAAAUAUUUCAGAACGCCAAGAGCUUAAUAACACUUGACGUCAGUCACAACCGAUUAGAGGGAAAAAUUCCUGCUUCUCUUGGUGGUUGCUCUGCCUUGGAAGUUUUGAACGUGGGAAGCAACACAUUCAACGACAUGUUUCCCUUCCACUUGAAUUCUCUGCAGAAGCUUCAAGUUCUCGUCCUCCGCUCUAACAAGUUUCAUGGCAAAUUACAUAAUUCUGAUGGGGUUUGGUUUGGGUUUCCUCAGUUGAAAAUCAUUGAUGUAUCACAUAAUCAUUUCUUCGGUACAUUGCCAUCUGAUUACUUUCUGAACUGGACUGUGAUGUUCUCAAAUAGAGAUAAUGAUACGGAACCAAAGUACAUCAAGAGUCCUUCAGGAAGCUACUACUUUUCACUUGUGUUGAUGAAUAAAGGAAUCUCAAUGGAGAUGGAACGUAUCCUUACAAUCUACACGGCCAUCGAUUUUUCAGGAAAUCAACUCAAUGGACCAAUUCCUGAUUCCAUUGGUUUGUUGAAGGAGCUUCGUAUUCUUAACUUGUCAAACAAUGCUUUCACGGGCCACAUCCCAUCUACUAUGGCAAACUUGACGAAUCUUGAGUCACUAGACCUAUCCCAAAACAAGAUUUCUGGUGAGAUUCCUUCAGAGCUUGGGGCACUCUCUUCUCUCGAAGUGAUAAAUGUGUCACAUAACCAGCUUGUAGGUUCCAUACCACAAGGCACACAAUUUCAACGACAAAAUUGCUCCUCCUAUGAAGGAAACCCCGGACUUAAUGGUCCUUCCCUUAAGGAUGUUUGCAGAGAUAUCAAAACGCCAACACCACCACAACCCGAACUGGUGGCGACAAAAGAAGAAGAAGAAUCAUUCAGUUGGAUGGCAGCAGGUUUAGGCUUUGCACCUGGAGUUGUAUUUGGGCUGGUGAUGGGAUACAUAGCAGUUUCAUACAAGCAUGAGUGGUGGUUCAUGAAGAGAUUUGGCCGAAACAAGCAAUAA